AUGGUAUUGGGAUUUUGGUGGUGGUGGCACACUGAUCAUAUUAAAUUUGGUAAUGGAACAUGGUCUAUUGACCCGAGAAAUUUGAGUGCUACCGGUAAACUUCAACGGGAAACUAUACCACCUUCACUCCUUAAAGUAGAAGGUACUUUCCCAGGAUUGGGAGUUCAUAUACUCGAAGAUAUCGGUCAAAACAAUGUUGUCAAUAUUCGCUAUGUAUUGCGUUGGGAAACAUUAGGUAGUAAUCGUGAUCAACCUCGUCCUCCUCCAUAUCCUUCACCUUCGAUGUUACGCGUGUAUGCUGUGAAAAUUGUGUGGGAAAACGUACUGACAAGACAUUGA